AAAAAAAAAAGAAUUCUCUCCCGCCAAGGUUUUUAUCCACAUCCAAACACCCACAUUCAUUUUUUCCUCUCGGCUAGUUCGAUUCAGACAGUGACUUUUGUGGUAGCUGGCUUAAAUUGCAGGAAAGCUGAGCUACCAUGAAAGAUGCUACACAGGGGAACAAAAGGGCAAUCAAGGUUCCUAGAGAUUGCAGAUCAAAUAUAUCUAGUCCCGGAGCCAACAAAGUGAGAAAAACUGGUGGGCAAAGUCCCAAAAUUAUAGGGCAAGAUGAAUGUUUUUUGAUAAAAAAAGAUGAACAUUCCUUACCUUGUUCUGCGGUCGAUAGAACACAAAUGGAGUCAUCUGCUGUAAUUGGGCUUCAUCCACUACAAGAACUUCUUCCACUUACAAAAAUCAAGUUGCAGCUUUUCCCUAUAGAUGAAGGCACUCGCAUUGGAUUAGAAAAGGAUGGUCAUCAUCCAUACUUGGAACUCACUCUCAGAGCUAAGAAAAAGAUUUCUUCUGUGCUCAAGCGUGUCAAUAGCAAGUGGGGGAGUUCAAAAGUUGCUCUUGGUGAGCCAAUGUUAUUCCCUUACGAUAUACAUGGCGAUAUUUCUGGCUGCAGAAGUUGGACAAUGAAAGAUAGUGACAUCAGUGCAAGGGAUGUCUAUGCAUCUAUUGGAAGCCCUGCAACUUUUCGCUUAAGGUAUGGCUGGUUCUCAAAUUCUGAACCCAAAACAUUUGAAGAGCCCUCUACAACAUCAACUUCUUGCAAUAUUUGUUUACAAUCUGGAGAUGCAAAGAAGGAUUGUAACUGCGACAUGAAAAAGGGUGAUAAUGAGGAGAUGCAAAUUGUGACAUGUGAAGAAUUCAAAUUGAUCAAUGAUGAUGCACUGAGGACCGAUAGUCAACCUGGACAACCACAACCAGUAGCACAUUGGCUCGAUGAUCUAACUAAUACAAGCAUUGGAGCUUUCCUGUCUGAUGCAUCCUUACAGGCUAAAUUCAACAGCUGUGAACCAAAGUCAACGGAAAAUGGUACUUGCUUGCAGCCUGACCAAAUAAACUUCAAUUCAAAGUUACUGGCGUCCUGGGCUGAUUGUCUAACUAAUAUAAGCAUUGGAGGCCUCUUGUCCGAAGUAUCCUUACAGGGAAAGUUCAAUAACGGUGCAAAAUCUGCUGGGAGUAAUGCAGACUUGCAGUCGACUCCCAUAAUUUCUGAUUCACUUGAUGCUUUUUUUUCUGCCCAAACUGGUUGUCCUCAAGGUCCAAAGCUACCUACUCACAUGUCACACUCAUCUAUUCUGGAUGCUGAAGAGACAUGUCAUGCGUUCCCUGUCCAAAGACUAUCUUCUUCAGGCAAAAGGGUUUCAGCUAUCAGUGGAAGUUCUGGAGGCUGUAGCCAGGAUGCUGGGUCCAAACCAUCCAGAUCUCCCAAAACGGAUGAGAUCGAUUCUCAAGCUAGGGUUCUAGAAGAUCAGGCAUGUCAAGAGGCUCAGACCGAUCUCGUUCUCGCUUCAAGAACAUGUAAUGAUGAAAGCAGCCUUGGGCUCUUGGGCAUCAAAUGGAACGACUCUUUGGGACCUUUUGAUCUCGGCCUACCUGCUUCAAGAAAGCUUGUUAAUGGUGGAUUCAUUAAGUAGCGAUUGGAAACUGAAAAGUUACUCGAUUCCGGUAAUUAGAUUACAUGUAAAUUCAGGAAACCAAAAAUAUAAAAGAGGGGGAGAAAAAAAAAAAUAGAACUUGACUCUGAUUUCUGUAACUAUGAAAAAGCAAUUUGGUUUUGGGGAACUUUGCAGUAUCUUGGUGACAGAGUAAACAAGACUGGUUACUUUAGGUUCAAUUUAAGUAACGUCAUUCAAUUAGUAGUGUAACUUCCAAUUGGACGUGUAUAUUCAGGAAAGCUUUUUUUUCCCCCCUCUUUGCAGUUUGCAGGUUGAAA